AUGAGCGGUGUUCUACGUACCACCUCGCGUUCAGAAGCGGAGAACAGUGCGUACGGUAAAAACACACGCCCACAUUGUAGUCUGGUCGAGUUCUACGUGCAAUUUGAGAGCGUCCUAGAAACUCAACGGCACAGACAAAGUAAAUUAAAUGCUGAGAGUGAAGGGUCCUUGCCUGAUUUCAAAACUCCUUUAGCAUUGGAGCGACACAUGGCGCAGGUAUUUACCUUAACAGUGUUUUAUGAGCUCCAGGUAGAGAUCGAAGCUGCAUGUUUUUAUUGCAGUGUUGUGGGGAUCCAUGCAUAUGGUGAGUGCAUCCGUUACGACAUUAGAGGGGAGUACAACGUUGUCCAUACUGUUGAAUAUACCCCGUCUUUGACUAUUGCGACAUGUAGCUGCAAGUUGUUUGAAAGAUUGGGGUUUGUUUGCCGGCAUAUGUUUCUUGUGUUCAAAGAUGCCGAAAUGGUGAGCUUGCCAUCGCGUACAUCGCAGCACGAUGGUGUAAGCAAGAAGGACUAG